AUGGCCAUCCUCUUCGCUAAUGACAAUGGGAAACACUCAGUGAUCCUUACUCCUUCUCCAGCCCAUCUGGUGGCAGGCAUUUUUAUGAUGACUGAAAUUCUUGGGGUCUCUGUGUUCUUAUCCUACGUUGCUUCGCUGGGAGUCACGACCUUCACCUUAUGUGCUCUGUGUAUAGACCGCUUCCGGGCGGCCACCAACGUGCAGAUGUACUAUGAGAUGAUCGAGAACUGUUCUUCCACCACCGCCAAGCUGGCUGUCAUAUGGGUGGGCGCGCUCCUGUUGGCGCUUCCCGAGGUGGUCCUUCGCCAGCUGAGCAAGGAGGACGUGGGCUUCAGCGGCCGCGCCCCCGCGGAACGCUGUGUCAUCAAGAUCUCCCCGGACCUGCCGGACACCAUCUACGUCCUAGCCCUCACCUACGACGGCGCGAGGCUCUGGUGGUACUUCGGCUGCUACUUCUGUUUGCCCACGCUGUUCACCAUCACCUGCUCCUUGGUGACGGCGCGGAAAAUCCGCCAGGCGGAGAAAGCCUGCACGCGCGGGAACAAGCGGCAGAUCCAGCUCGAGAGCCAGAUGAACUGCACGGUGGUGGCGCUGACCAUCUUGUACGGCUUCUGCAUCAUCCCCGAGAACAUCUACAACAUCGUGACCGCCUACAUGGCCACCGGGGUUUCCCAGCAGACCAUGGACCUGCUGCACAUCAUCAGCCAGUUCCUGCUGUUCUUCAAGUCCUGCGUCACCCCGGUCAUCCUCUUCUGUCUGUGCAGACCCUUCAGCCGGGCCUUCCUGGAGUGCUGCUGCUGCUGCUGCGAGGAGUGCGCGCACAAGUCCUCCGCGGCCGCCAGCGAGGACAACGACAAUGAGUACACCACCGAGCUGGAGCUGUCCCCGUUCAGCACCAUCCGCCGCGAGAUGUCCACCUUCGCCUCUGUCGGAACUCACUGCUGAAGGACACUGGGUCUGGUCCGAUUUUUUAUUUUAUUUUUUAUUUUCCUACCCUGGGAAAGUUUUUACUUCCUAUUUUUUUCCUGACCGGGAAAGAAAUGCAGACAAAAAGAGAGAGAACUAUUAACUACUGUAGAACUGAUUUUGCAAAUUAAUAUUUGUGCUUGGAAAAGAAAAAAGGUUUAUAUUUAGUUAUUGAAGAAGUCCGAGGAGGCCAAUAGUUUUAGAUAAUUUUAUCUGGUAUGGUGCUAAUAUUUUCUUUGGGGAAAAAAAAAAGUCCUCGCACCCUAAUGAAUUGCUAAUUUUCUUUCUUUUCAAAAUAUAAUCGCUGUAUGUUGAUGAUAGCCAUGUGAUUUUGUAGGUGAUAUUAUGUUUGAGUUGUAAUUGAAAGUAUAUUGUACAUAUAUCAUGAGAUGAUUUGUAGAUAAGAGACAUUCACAAAGUAGCACCAAAUAAAUGACACUUUAUUCUUUAA